AGCGACGGGAGAGGCGGGGCCAGCUGUUGGCGCUGUCAAGGCUCGCUCCGAGCGCGCGGGGGGCGGCGGAGAACACUGAGGAGGCGCUGGCAGGAAUCUGUCUGUUGCUGCAGGACAAAAAUGUUUCACUUAAGGACUUGUGCUACUAAGCUAAGGCCACUGACAGCCUCACAGACUGUUAAGACAGUUUCUCAGAACAGACCAGCAGCGCCAAGGACGUUUCAACAGAUCAGGUGCUACAGUGCACCUGUUGCUGCUGAGCCAUUUUUGAGUGGGACUAGUUCAAAUUAUGUGGAGGAAAUGUACUAUGCUUGGUUGGAAAAUCCAAAAAGUGUACAUAAGUCAUGGGACAUAUUCUUUCGCAAUGCCAAUGCUGGAGCUGCUCCAGGUACUGCUUACCAAAGCCCCCCUCCAUUAAAUACCAGCCUAUCAACACUGACACAUGCACAGUCGCUGGUUCAAGCACAGCCAAAUGUAGAUAAGUUGGUGGAAGAUCAUCUUGCAGUCCAAUCACUUAUUAGGGCAUAUCAGAUUCGAGGGCAUCAUGUAGCCCAGCUCGACCCAUUGGGCAUCUUGGAUGCUGAUCUGGACUCUUCCAUUCCAGCCGAUAUUAUCAGUUCCGCAGACAAACUGGAUCUUGCUGUAUUCAAGGAGCGGCUGAGAGUGCUAACAGUAGGAGGGUUUUAUGGCCUAGAUGAAUCAGACCUCGACAAAGUCUUUCACUUGCCUACUACAACUUUCAUUGGAGGAAAUGAGUCUGCUCUUCCACUUCGGGAAAUCAUCCGCCGUUUAGAGAUGGCUUACUGUCAGCACAUUGGAGUAGAAUUCAUGUUUAUUAAUGAUCUUGAGCAAUGUCAGUGGAUAAGACAGAAAUUUGAAACGCCUGGUAUCAUGCAGUUCUCUAAUGAGGAGAAGCGCACCCUGCUGGCCAGACUAGUGCGUUCAACCAGGUUUGAGGAAUUCCUGCACAGAAAGUGGUCUUCUGAGAAGCGAUUUGGUUUGGAAGGCUGUGAGGUUCUGAUUCCUGCUUUAAAGACAAUAAUUGACAAGUCGAGUGAGAAAGGAGUGGAUUAUGUUAUCAUGGGAAUGCCUCACAGAGGGCGUCUGAAUGUCCUUGCCAAUGUUAUCAGAAAGGAAUUGGAGCAAAUUUUCUGCCAGUUUGAUUCUAAGCUAGAAGCUGCGGAUGAAGGUUCAGGGGAUGUAAAAUACCACUUGGGAAUGUAUCACCGAAGGAUUAACCGUGUCACUGACAGGACCAUCACUCUUUCACUGGUUGCAAAUCCUUCUCACUUGGAGGCAGCUGAUCCUGUUGUUCAAGGCAAAACAAAGGCAGAACAGUUUUACUGUGGAGACACUGAAGGGAAGAAAGUGAUGUCAAUCCUUUUGCACGGAGAUGCUGCUUUUGCUGGCCAAGGGAUCGUUUAUGAGACUUUCCAUUUGAGCGACCUGCCUUCCUAUACAACACAUGGGACAGUUCAUGUGGUGGUGAACAACCAGAUUGGAUUCACUACCGAUCCUCGUAUGGCCCGUUCGUCUCCAUACCCAACAGAUGUGGCUCGUGUGGUUAAUGCACCCAUUUUCCAUGUCAAUGCUGAUGAUCCAGAGGCUGUGGUGUAUGUGUGCAAUGUGGCAGCUGAAUGGCGAAGUACUUUCCACAAAGAUGUAGUGGUGGAUCUGGUGUGCUACCGGCGAAAUGGACACAAUGAGAUGGAUGAGCCAAUGUUCACUCAGCCACUGAUGUACAAGCAGAUCCGAAAACAGAAGCCUGUGCUACAGAAGUAUGCUGAGACACUGAUUUCACAAGGGGUAGUAAAUCAGCCAGAAUAUGAGGAGGAAAUUUCCAAGUAUGAUAAAAUCUGUGAAGAGGCUCAUGCCAGAUCUAAGGAUGAAAAAAUCCUUCACAUCAAGCAUUGGUUAGACUCACCAUGGCCUGGUUUCUUCACCCUGGAUGGCCAACCUCGGAGCAUGACUUGUCCUUCUACUGGCUUGAAUGAAGAAGAUUUGGUCCAUAUAGGAAAGGUGGCCAGCUCAGUUCCUGUUGAAAAUUUUACCAUUCAUGGGGGUUUAAGUAGGAUUCUAAAAACGCGGGGAGAGAUGGUUGCCAAUAGGACUGUAGACUGGGCCUUAGCAGAGUAUAUGGCAUUUGGCUCUCUUCUUAAAGAAGGAAUCCAUAUUCGGCUGAGUGGACAAGAUGUUGAAAGAGGAACAUUCAGCCAUCGGCACCACGUCUUGCAUGAUCAGAACGUUGACAAGAGGACCUGUAUUCCCAUGAAUCAUCUGUGGCCAAAUCAAGCUCCUUACACCGUCUGCAAUAGUUCUCUCUCAGAAUAUGGAGUCCUAGGAUUUGAGCUAGGCUUUGCUAUGGCCAGUCCCAAUGCUUUGGUAGUAUGGGAAGCUCAAUUUGGUGACUUCCACAAUACAGCUCAGUGUAUAAUCGACCAGUUCAUCUGCUCUGGGCAGGCCAAGUGGGUGAGGCAAAAUGGCAUUGUACUUCUUCUUCCCCAUGGCAUGGAGGGCAUGGGCCCUGAGCAUUCUUCUGCUCGACCAGAACGAUUCCUGCAAAUGUGCAAUGACGAUCCAGAUGUCUUCCCGAAACUGGAUGACUUUGAUGUUCGCCAGCUGUACGACUGCAAUUGGAUUGUUGUGAACUGCUCCACCCCAGCAAGCUUUUUCCACGUUAUGCGGAGGCAGAUACUUCUCCCCUUCCGGAAACCACUGAUAGUCUUCACUCCAAAGUCCUUGCUGCGUCACCCCGAAGCUCGGUCCAGCUUCGAUGAAAUGCUGCCAGGCACCCAUUUCCACCGUGUCAUCCCAGACGCUAGUCUGGCAGCAGAGAAUCCAGAACAGGUCAAACGAGUUCUCUUCUGCACUGGCAAAGUCUAUUAUGAACUUACUCGAGAACGGAAGACACGGAAUAUGGAAGCAGAUGUGGCCAUCACAAGGGUAGAGCAGCUGUCACCAUUCCCUUUUGACCUCCUGCUGAAGGAAUUCCAUAAAUACCCCAACGCAGACCUAGUUUGGUGUCAGGAAGAGCACAAAAACCAAGGAUAUUACGAUUAUGUGAAGCCUAGACUCCGCACAACCAUUGACCGUGCAAAGCCAGUGUGGUACGCUGGCCGAGAACCUGCUGCUGCCCCGGCGACAGGCAACAAGAAAAACCACUUGACCGAACUGCAGCGCUUGCUGGACACUGCCUUCAACCUCGACUCUUUCAAGGGCUUGUCUUAGAUACACUUGGACCUGGUUCUCUCCCAGCACCCUCUGUUUGUGGUGUUUCUCUCACUUCCUUUCUGUGUCCUUAACUAUCGACCUUGUAAACUAACUUAAGGAGUCUGUUAUUAACCUCUCCUUGCUGUUAAAGAAGUGCCCCAUCAACAA